GAAGGUUCAGGGUUUAUGGCUUAGGGGAGUGAUUGAAAUUCAGAUUAUCUAUAUGUUGUACUUUAAGUCUGCUUCAAAAGAAUAGGUAGCUCUUAUAUUUGUUUAAACUUAAAAAAUUAGAAUUUUUUUUUUUGCUUACGACAGGACAUCUGAUAAUUAAUUUGUUCUUUCUUAACAAAAAAGUAGACACCAUUACUACUGUCUCAGUGAGAAUUAAGUCACUUGUCUCUAUGUGAGUGUUUCAGAGGAAGGGGGCAGUUUAGCACCAUGUGCUACAGGGCCCUAUGACCUAAAGUCCCUCACAUCACCUUUUUUUUUUAAGCAGCCUCUUGCAAUGGACAGAUAAGGCCGGUAUGAUAAAAAAAAAUCAGCAACCAGCCAGUAGUAGCAGGUGAACAGUGUGUGGAAAGGGGCGGGACCAGAUAGAUCCCAAUUCUGGAAAUGAGGAAGAAGUUGUAAAGUUCCGUUUACACCAUUUAAAGGCCAUGCGUUUUUGAUUCACAUUUUUUUCCAUAAUUGAAUGGAUACUUUAAGGUUUCUCAACAGGGGUGGUACUGCCCUUUAGGGGGCUUUCAGACAAUCCUGCGGGGCACUAGGAAUGAGCCAGUUGGGAAGCACAAAUGGGGUUAAUGACAUUUGUUCAUGACAUUUUUUUUAAGCUUCGAUCUGCACAAAAAGACUUCAUUUGAAUUUGAAAUAUCAUGAUCUAUCUAUGUGAAGGGAAGCAAGUGGCAUGGUCACAAUAUUUUCCCAAUAAAUCACAUGAAUAGGAGUAGUGUAAUGCAGACUGCUUUUCACUCUUACACAGGAACAUUUGCGAACCAAAAAUGUACUUAAAUUUUGUUGCAUUGGACUAAUGUCUCAGCACACUGAACUGUUGUUUUCACACAGUACCAAGCAUACAGCUUGGACAGCCUAUCAGCCAAAAAAAAGGGGGUUGCAUGGGCCGAAGCUGAAGGUUCUGCAGUGACAAGCGUCUCAGCAGGAGGAAAGGGAAGCACGAGUGCUUCCCGUCAUGGGCCAGUUUCUGGGAAGUGGAGAACGGGGAGUGUGCUUCAGAAUGUCACGGCACUGAUUACUGCUUGUGUUUGUAUGUGUGUCAGUGUGUGUGUCAGUGCGUAGCUACAGUAUGUCAAGCCGGUGUGGCAAAGGGGAUUGCCAAGAGGAGUACAUAUAAUACGAGAGUAGUAGAAGUGGGAAAUCCUGGGGUUUUUCAGAUAACUACUCACUUCCAGUUCAUGUGUGACGUCGAAGUCAGCUCACUGAAAGUAGCAAGGAAAGGAGAGAAAAAGAUGGGAGAGCACUGCAGUGGGUCACUAGUGGAUGGAAAUGUUUCAGGUGCUCUUCAAGGGAAAUGGCCAGAUAGAGUUGAAACAGAUGAAGGUAGAUCCAGAUGCACUCUGCUGAUAAAAAAAGUCCUUUGUCCGCUAAAUAAAGGACUUUUUUUAUCAGCAGAGUGCCGCGGGAUCUACCUUCAUCUCUAGCAAGGAAAGGAGUUAGACACAGAAGUUUUUAAGAAGCACAUUUGUUUCCUAUUGGUUCGUAGUAGACUGAUUGAAUGAAUGGGAGGCAUCAGCAAUGUGAGUGCAUCCACUGUGAUUGGCUAGGAAAUUAAGAAUGGAUGACGUGGCGAGUACACUUGCUAGGAGUGCUUCUCCUGAGAUGUGAUUGGUUAACAAGUUAUGAACAGAAUGUGUGACUACUGUGUCUUUCCUGUAGAACUUCGCUAAAGCUACCAUUACAUUUGUCGUGGUUAUAAUCAGGGGUGUAGCGGGGGCUUAACCCAAGUAAACACCUUUGACAUUUUAGAUGUUCAAGUUUAUCCACCUUUCAAACGAGUUUAUUCACCAAUUGCAACUUUUAACAUUCAAACAGCACACUGUAUUAUCCACAUUCACAAUAUGUACACUCUAGGGACCAUUUAAUACCACUGGUAUUGUUAUAGGAAUAGGUCAAUAACCUCCAUCAUCAUCAAACAUGUUCUGAAUGACUUUUUAAAAAAUCUCAUACAGCAUGGCUCAGUCCACCUUACCGUGAUGACAUAAUUCAUAGUUCAACAUGUGAGAGAGUGACAGGGCAAAGACCAAUAGGGCAGAGGGACAGAGUGAGAUCACACAGUUGCAACACAGUGAUUCAAACGUCAAGUGCUAGUCAGAAGUGAAUAUAUCACACCAGGAUAUUUUUAGUAAUUCAUUGUGCACCCACUUCUUAUUUUAGCAUUACACCCCUGGUGUGUGUGUGUGUGUGUGUGCGUGUGUGUGUAUGUGUGGGUGUGGGUGUAUCUUCAAUGGUAUUCAUGGUUCUUGGAACAGAUAACAGUCGGUGUAGAACCACAUGCGGAAUCUUGGGUUUUACCACUCUUGGCUCUCACACUGUGAGCAGAUCUGAUAUCCAUAAAACCUCUUUGACGUAGACACUCAAUGUGCUUUGUAUGUCUUGGUAUAUUGCCAUAUACAUACAUGCACACACAUCACACACAGACACACACACAGACACACACACACACACACACUUAUAAUUAAGCCCUUUAUAGUUUUAGGUGAAGCCCUAUUUAUUCAUAAACAUUACAAACCAGUAUGGUUAAAAUAAACAUACACACCAGUAGGGUUGAAAUAAGGAUUCUCACCAGGAGGGUUGAAAUAAGGAUUUUUACCAGGAGGGUUGAAAUAAGGAUUCUCACCAGUAGAGUUGAAAUAAACAUUACACACCAGGAGGGUUGAAAUAAGGAUUUUCACCAGUAGGCCUCUUCUGGCUUCUAGAUUUAUUAAUGUGUCUACACAAUGUUUUCUUUCACAUCCUUAUAUCAUUUCAGCCAAAGGUCACCGAUAGGUCAAUGAAAAUGGAAUACAAAUACAAUUGUGGGUACACGUUGUGGAUAUGUGUUGGUUUUGUGGGACUGUCCCCUAACUACAGCCUGCUGCUGUUGAUCUACAUGAGCGUACAAACUCACACACCUCCACACGUGGACUCAUUUUAUGUUGCUGUUCCUUCCACUUUCAAAGUCCUGGUUGCUCUGCCCCGUAAUGACUUUUCCUGUAAAGCCCCCUCUUACAUGAAACUCCCAGACCACCUCUAAGUAAUAGUAAAUGAGAUUCUGCCAGAUUCUGCCCCCCCUCUCUGUUUGUGUGUGCGUGCACAUGCGUAUGUGUGUGUGUGUGUGUGUGUGUGUGUACAGGAAGAGGGGGUGAGCCAGUGUGGCUGAGCGAAGGAAAAAUCUGGACAGAGAGAUAGAGAACGAGAGAGAGAGAGAGACAGAGGGGGGGAGUGUGUAAGAGAGAGAGAUAGGCAGAGUGAGAGAGAGAGAGAGAAAGUGUGCUCAUAACGGUUUCUGCACGUAGCAGCCAGAGGCUCCCAUUAUGGGGCGUUUUAUUAUAGAGGGGGUUUUCGCCACUGGACUUUCAGUUUUGAAAUAUGCUAUGCAGUUAUAUGCUGACAGGACCAGUAAUCUCCCUCACUUUUACUCACUCACAGCGCAAGUCAGUUCAGGCAGUCGCUCACACUCUCACUUUGUCUCACUUUGUGGUCUCUCUCUCUGGACUAAAUCGGGAUGAUGGGAUACGUUACUCUCUCUGGAGGACUCCUCUGGGCUGCACAGCUGUUAGCUCUUCUGGUGAUGACAGUGGCAGGUAAUUACUGUACUGGGAAGAACCCAGUGAUUGACCCUCCUGCUCUGGUGGUGAAAUUCGGAAGUCCAGCCACAGCAACCUGCCGCACUGAGUACAAUGCAGAUCUUAUAGGCUGGGAGGCAACAAUGGGAGGUACAAACAAAGAAAACGCACAGCAGCUGGUCUGGAAUGUGUCCAGCAUUACUGACUGGUCACUGAAGGGUGGCAUAACAUGCUUCGUCAGCACUGAUGAGCAAUGUACGACUCAUCUACCAGUCACCAUAUACAAAAUUCCAGAGAAUGUAGACCUUGUUAUACAUAAUGCUGGUCCACUGGUGGAGGAACACACAUACUGGCUGGAGUGUGAGGUUCAGAGUGUGGCUCCAGUUAACAACCUCACCGUCAUCUGGUUCAGAGGGGACAGCAAGCUGGAACAGUCAGACUUCACUCAGUUCAAUAUUGUGGGCGACAGAGAUCAGAACGUCACUGUGAGGGCUAAUCUGAGUAUCACAGCUUCCAGAGAGGACAACAGAGCCUCCUACAGCUGUGCUGCCCAACUGGACCUGAACACACCUGAGCCCAUUCCUAAUAACAGAUCGAAUAGUAUCCUACUGGAAGUAUUGUACGAACCCACAAUAGUGAGCCCCAGCGAGGAUGUGAGCUUAACAGAGGGGGACCGUCUGGAGUUGAACUGCACUGCUGAUGCCAACCCCAGCCCCACAUAUGAGUGGAGACGCGACAACAAGACCCUGGAGAACAUCAGCAGCAGCAGCAGCACUCUCCUCAUCGAGUCUGUAGAGAUGGACAGUGCUGGUGUCUAUGAGUGCAUCGUCAGCAACACUCAGGGGAAAGUCUCUGUAAAGAUGACUGUGGCUGUUUGGAGAAACUAUCUGACCUGGAUUGCCAUCCUGGUGGCAAUAGCUAUAUUGGUCUUACUAGCAGUAUUCAUAGGCAUCUACUGCACCUACCACAAGAAGAACAAGACUGGUGCAUACAUUCUGGCAAAGUUCAAAGGUGGUAACAGCCAGAAUGAACAGGUGGCUCACACCAAUGGAAAUACAGCGUAGGGGAUCAAAGGGCGGGUCCUUCGGACCUCAUUGUUGGUGAACAAGCUUCCAGGACGGAGAUGGUUCAUGUGCAAAUUAAACUAACAGAACAGCAGAGAAAAAACAAACUGAGAGAGAGAUGUUUGCCCCUGGAAUACUAUUGCAUUGAAAUCAAUCAAUUUCCAAAAACAGUUUCUCAAAGCAUGUCUAGACUGAUAAAGACUUCUGCAUCAGUGCACCAUGACAGAUGGAAAAUCGGAUUCGGAGCGUCAUGGACACCAAAAAAUGGCCGUGCCAGUUCCUGAUCAUGUGACAGGCUUUAGGAACUAUGGGAUGCCAACAACGACACAGGGAAAAAAACACGUUGGACAAUUUAUCGUCUUUUCAUGGAAAAGUCACACUGAAUGUUAUAUUCAUAUCAGUUGUGUGGAAAACAAACAAAUGAAAGAUCAAUUAAACAAAUGUUAUUAAGUUACGUUAUGUAAGCAGAACAGAAUUUCACUGUGGAGUCAGAGUUAUAUUUAUAAAUACAUACAUGGGUAAGUUGCUUCAAUACAACAUGUUUGGUUUGUAUACAGUGUAAAAUAAUAUGUUUUUCAUUCUUAUGUAUUCCUGUGCUGUACAGCUAUGUCUUAAAAGCUAAGUGAUGCUAAGUGAUUUCUAACAUGUAACAAUUUUUGUGACAUUCAGCGAAUAUCUCCCCAUGAUCCGCUAGCUCUCCAUUCUCUGAGUAGACUAAACUGUAAAAAACCCCAAUCUUCUUACAAAAGGUCAAAAGGGAAGAUAUUCUGCUGUAAGAUUCCACACCAGUGCCGAAGUUAUAAUGUUUCUCACAUUUUCUCAUCAGGUUGUUUGACGGCUUGUUCUGUUCAGAUAAUCAGAUACAGUAUCUAGUCAACUAUGAGGUUAUGUCCAUGCGUGCUGCUGGUGUGUUAAAUUAAGAGAUGUGUGACUGGUGAAGCCGGGGUGGACCUUAAGGGUUAACUAUGGAUGGUUCCUGCCACUAGAUACUUAACAUUUUUUGGCCCGGGAGAAGGAAGUUUGAGAAUGUGUGGGAGUCAAAUGGAGAGCUCAGUAGAAAAUACAGACACACACGAGCAUGUGCACACAAACACACUCAAAUAAACACACACACACACACACACACACACACACACACACACACAAACACUCAGGCAAGCACAAACACUCAGGCAAGCACACAAAUGUAAAGUCAGGCUCAGCAUAAAUACAUCUGAAACACAACAGACUGUAAUGGAAGAGUGGUGGGAAGUAUUAAUUCACAUGCUAUGUGUAAACAGUAUGAUGUGUGUGUGUGUGUGUGUGUACGAUUUGGUCAUACUUUUGUGCCUUAUAGCGUGUUAAAUUCUAUGUUUAUACUACUGUUGCCUUUUUGGAUUGAAGAUGUGGUCACUGUUUUGCUUUUACCUGCAAUGAUGAUCUUUAUCUAAGACAAAGCUGACAAUUGCAUUUGUAUCUUCUGUGCAUGUUGACUAUGUAAAGAGCAAAGAUCAUGACUUACACCAUAAGUCCAGAAGCAUUUUAAAUGUGUGUUUGUGUGUGUGUGUGUGUGUUUUUUUCUUUUUUUU